AUGUCGAGAAAGAAAGGCAAGCUUAGCAACCUGCUUGGAGAUGGUGCCCGUGACGAGCAGCUUUCCGUUUCGGAGAAGUAUGCCAAGAAGUACAACGAAAAGAAAGACAGGAUCGAAGCUGCCAGGGCUGCCCAGAUUUUUGCAGAUGAGGAUGUGGAAAACACAUCCGAGGAAUCCACGGAAGAUGAGAAUGCAGACUUGUUGACACAGCGCGUGGAAUCGAAGAUUUUCGACACCUUGACAAAAAUCAAGGCCAAAGACCCUUCGAUCUACCGGAGCAGCACAUCGUUCUUUGACGACGAAGAUUUCAAGGAGCCCACUGGAGCCGCCAAGGCAGACAAGCCGGCAACGCAAAAGAUGACCUACAAAAACUUCAUCAGGACCACACUUAUGAAAGAGGGAGCAGAUGCCAUCGCUAGAGAGGAGGAGAGCAUGGAAACGAAGAAACGAAGGAAAACGCCCGCUGAAGAGCAGCGGGAUUUGCAAGACGAAAUUCGGCAGGCAGCCGGGACUCUGGCAACGGAGGAAGGCGAAGGCGAGGAUUUGUUCUCUCUCAAGGAGCAAAGUAUGGAGGAAAGGCAGAGGCAGGACGAGGAGUUUGCCAAGUUCCAGGCCAGAGCCGAGCGGAAAGGAGACAACGCCGAGGCGGUGAUGGCGAACUACUGGCGAGGUGACGAAGACUUGGACGAGAACGAGCGCUUCUUGCGGGAUUUUGUGAUAAACCGUCAGUGGUUGGAGACGGACUCGCUUCAACAAGCUCAUGGCAAAAAAGAAGCCAUGGAUUUUGAUGUGGAGGAUGAAGAGGACGAGCAUUUGGGCCAGGCAGACGAGUUUGAGAAGGAGUACAACUUCAGAUUCGAGGUUGAGGAGGGCAAGCAGAUACAAGGUCACGCGAGAUUUCCAGAAAACUCUGUGCGCGAUCGGAAUGAAAAGAGAAAGCGCCAACGAAAGGAGCGAGCCGAUCGAAAGGAAGCCGAGAAGGUGCGAAGAGCGGAAGAAUUGAAGAGGCUGAAGAACUUGAAGAAGCAGGAAAUCAAGCGCAGACUUCAGCAAAUCCGAGAAGUAACGGGCAACGAGGAUUCCAUUCUCGGCCCAGCAGACCUGGACGAUGACUUCGACCCAUCUGAGCAUGAUCAGACUAUGGCCAAGAUCUUGGGUCAGGACUACGAUGAGAAGGAAGAAACACUUACCUCCAAGGAGCUCGUGCGAGGACCCGAUGGCUGCAAGGAGCUGGACGUCUCGGCUGCUGCAACCGAGGGUUUGCGGAAGCACUGGGGUGUCGGCUCGCAGGCCGAGACGACGGAGGAUGCAGAGGCGCCUGCCGCGACGGAGGAAUGGCUUGGAAAUGUGCAGGAGGAAGGUGAUGAGGACGACGAGGAGGUGCACCCUGACUUGUGGUUCCUGUGCGACGGAUGCCAAAAGCCGAUUCCGGGUGGAAAGCGUCGCUUUGACUGCAAAGUCUGCGACAAUUUCACGUUGUGUACGAAGUGCUUCCGGGUACGACGACAUCCCCAUUCCUUUGUUCGACGACGUGUCCCGGAGAGUUGCAUGCCCCCAGAGGAUGUGAAGGGCGCGCAGGUCGGAGCUGGUGACACAGGCUCCGGCGAGAUGCUGGAAGAGUAUUUUCAGCUAGACUACGAGGACAUCAUCGGCGGAGAUCUGCCAACGAGAUUCAAAUACCGCAAGGUGCAGCCCAAAGACUACGGCAUUCCUGCGAAUGUCAUCCUCUCCAAGACAGGAAAGGAACUAAACCGCAUGGUCUCCAUCAAAAAGCUUCGCCCGUAUCGAGAGGAGGGCCAGGCUGAGUGGGAAGGCCGUGGUCGUGGUCGGGGCAAGGCAGGUGCAGGCCGUGGACGCCGUGGACGCGGACGAGGCGAGCAGAAUGGCGAGGAGGCUGGGGCUUCAAGCACAUCGAGCAAAAGCAAGCUGAAUCGCGUGGCUUCGAAGGCUUCGGCAGCGAAAACGGUGAGUUCAAACCGGAUACAGGCAUACAAUUUGGAGAAUGACAAGUUUGCCCGUCGAGGUGAAAGGAAACUGAAAGGCAAGCGUCAAAAUGAGAAGGGCUAA